AUGACUGCCGGGCAUGUGACGUGUAGGUGGUACCUGCCCGUCACGACCGUCCCGACCCGCCACUUGACCUGGCCAUUGACCUUGACGGUGAGUGGGAUUGCCCCGUCAACCAUAUCUCGAGCUAGGGCAAGCCCGUUGUACGAUGUCGACACCCCUGUGGCCCUGGUAGGCCGGCGGGAUUGCCGUGAAGUAGGUGACCUGCUGGCCACGGUAGGCGGCGUACGCGUGGAGGGACUCGUAAUAGAUGCCGAUUUUGGAGUUUGGGUUGCGGGCCGACACGGUGACUUGGAUGGUGGUCGAGACGACGUUGGGGGCCGAGAUGUUGAGCUUGAAGACGGUGGCGUCCUCGAGGGUGAAUGUGGGCUUCGUGGGCCGGAGGGCGGUCAAAGCGAUGAGAAUGGUGGCGAGCACGACGACGAGGACAAACACGGCGACGAUGCGGAAGACUUUUUGGCCGCGACUGCCGUCGUGUUUGUCGCAUAG